AUGCAUAAGAAGAAGGUUUGUGUAAUUGGAGCAGGGGCCUCUGGGUUAGCGGCCGUCAAAUGGUGUCUGCAGGAAGGGUUAGAUGUCAUAUGUUACGACAAACGUCCGUUGAUAGGUGGAUUGUGGAGUUUAGAAAAUGAGGAUUCUCGCAAUGAUUCGAAUAAUCCAGCUAAUAUUCAAUGUAGACCGUAUGCCUCAUGCAUUACUAAUGACAACAAGGAGGCGCUUUCAUAUUCAGACUUUAGAUUCCCAAAGGAUGUGUCUAUGUAUAUAUCUGCAAAAAGAUUGGGCAAAUUCUUUGAAGACUAUGCUGAUACAUUCAAGUUGAGACCACAUAUCAAUUUAAAUACACAAGUGGUAAACGUGAAGCGUGAAAUUAAUGGCUCCGGGUGGGUUGUUACAACUAAGCUAGUUGAUACAACAGAUAGUGAAGGCGUUGCUGAGACAGUAGAUGCUGUUGUUAUUUGUACUGGCAUUCAUAAUCGUCAAUACAUCCCGAAUGUUAACGGCCUGGGUUCGUUCAAAGGUCGGAUCGUUCAUUCUGGAGAUUACUACAAACCAGAGGCGUUCAGAGGACAAAAUGUGCUCAUAGUUGGUGGUAGUAAUUCAGCUGCAGAGAUAGCUUGUGAUAUCAGCAAAGAAUCCAAUCAGGCUUAUCUUAGCGCAAGGUGUGGUCUCUGGCCACUAGCGCGUUUGGCCGGAGGAAUACCAGGACAGUUGAUGCCUCCAUGGUCAAGAUACACUAACAUGCGAUACGAUUUGAGAUACUUUGACAAACUAUUUGGACCUGCAAUUCGUCAAAGGUUUAAUUUCGAAGACUACAGUAUGGAACCAAAACGAGGCCUGCUUCGAAUGGCAGUAGCGGUUUGUGAUGACAUCGAAUUCAGAAUUGCAGCCGGGGCUUUGAAGAUGAAAGGCAGUAUAAAGCAGAUAACAGAGACUGGAGUGAAGUUUGAAGAUGGAAGUCAGAUUGAUGACAUUGAUGCUUUUGUGUUUGCCACUGGCUACAGACCUUGUAUUGACUUCCUGGAAGAUCCUGUUGUUGGAGACAUAGAAACCAUGCAUUUGUACAAACACAUAUUGCCAGUAGAAGAUGAGUCGCAUUCUCUGUUUCUCAUCGGGCACCUACAAAUAGUAGGUGGUGCCAUCCCUUGUUUCGAGCUUCAGGCACGUGUAGCAGUGAGAAUAAUUGCCGAGAAGUUAGAACUUCCAUCUAAGGAAGUCAUGAAGAAAUGUGUUGAAGACGACAGGAGAAGGAUUAAAGACAUAUUUGGAGAUGGGGAGUACAGCUAUAAAAUAAUGGAAUUUUAUCCAAAGUAUAUCGAGAGUAUAGCUGACGUACUUGAUGUCAGACCAACACCUUGGAGGAUAUUUCUCCUCUACUUCACAGAUCCAAAACUUGCACACCAGCUCCUGUUCGGGUUUCCACUCGCCGCGUGCUUCAGAUUAUAUGGACCUCAUUCAAACUGGGAUGAAGCAAGAAAAUAUAUUAUGGAGAGUGAGGACAACCUGAUGAGACCACUGAGAACCGUUCAAUAUGCAAAUGAAACAAAGGGGUUUCUCAAUAAAGGAACUGUUUGUGCUGCAAGUAUUGCGACGGGACUGAUCGCAGCGUUUGUCUGGCAUAGAAUCUUCCAUAUAUGCUAACAUCGUGGUAAGCCACGCCUUCUCCAACUAUGUCCUUCUGGACUGAAACGGAUCCGCUUUCAUGACAAGUGUCAAAAGUUCCACCACGGUGAACAGUUGAGAAAGACAGAUAUCAAAAUACUCCAAGAGGGAAUCGCUAUUGUGAUUUAUAUGACGAAAAUUGGUGAUGAGUUCCAUUUCAUAUUAAGCUUACGAUGUAAAAGUUUAAAAGGCCAGAGAUUUAAAUACAUUCCAAAAUAGUUUUAUAAACAUCCCUCGUCCUCAGCAAUUAAGUUUGAUGAACUCAUGAGUACUUAGAAUUUUUUUUUUAUUAAAUGUUUAAGGAAUAAAAACCUAAAAUCAAUAAAGACUAAGUAGCGGUCAUACAUACUCAAAU